AUGUGCCCGGAGGAGGGCGGCGCGGCCGGGCUGGGCGAGCUCCGCUCGUGGUGGGAAGUGCCGGCCAUCGCGCACUUCUGCUCGCUCUUCCGCACCGCGUUCCGCCUGCCCGACUUCGAGAUCGAGGAGUUAGAGGCAGCUCUUCACAGAGAUGAUGUGGAAUUUAUCAGUGACUUGAUUGCCUGCCUGCUUCAGGGCUGCUAUCAGCGAAGGGAUAUCACGCCCCAGACAUUCCACAGCUACCUGGAGGACAUCAUCAACUACCGCUGGGAGCUGGAGGAAGGAAAGCCCAACCCUCUGAGAGAAGCCCGCUUCCACGACCUGCCGCUCCGCACUAGGGUGGAGAUCCUGCACCGGCUCUGUGAUUACCGGCUCGAUGCGGACGAUGUCUUUGACCUACUCAAGGGUCUGGAUGCCGACAGCCUCCGUGUGGAGCCUCUGGGUGAAGACAAUUCAGGGGCACUUUACUGGUACUUCUAUGGCACACGGAUGUACAAAGAAGACCCGGUUCAAGGCAGGCCCAAUGGAGAACUGUCUUCAAGCAGGGAAAAUGAGAGACCAAAAAAUGCCUCAAGUGUUCUUGGAAAAACAGGAAAAAGAAGAGGGAGGCCCCCCAAACGCAAGAAAGUACAGGAGGAGGUUACAGCAAGUGAGAAGCAAGAGGAAAACUCCUUGGCAUCAGAGCUACAGACGAGAAAUGGGUCCCGAGGACCAGGCCAAGGCACCUGGUGGCUGCUAUGUCAAACAGAAGAGGAGUGGAGACAGGUCACGGAGAGCUUUCGAGAGAGAACGUCUGUCCGAGAGCGGCAGCUGUACAAGCUCCUCAGUGAGGAGUUCCUGCCUGAGAUCUGCACCAUGAUUGCUCAAAAGGGAAAACGUCCACAGCGCACAAAGACAGAAUUUGAACCUAGGUGUGUGUCUGACUACCUGUCCAUCAAAUCCAUCAAGCGAGAGGACACUCCAGUGCUCACAAGGAUAGAGAAACAGAAGCGCAAGGAGGAGGAGGAAGAAAGACAGAUUCUCCUUGCUGUGCAGAGGAAGGAACAGGAACAGAUGUUGAAAGAGGAGAGAAAGCGGGAACUGGAGGAAAAAGUCAAGGCAGUGGAAGAUCGAGCUAAGAGGAGAAAGCUCAGGGAAGAGCGGGCAUGGCUGCUGGCUCAAGGAAAGGAGCUACCCCCAGAACUUAACCAUUUGGACCCUAAUUCUCCCAUGAGGGAAGUCAAGAAGACCAAGGACCUUUUCGAGCUGGAUGAUGACCUCACGGCCAUGUAUAAAGUUCUGGAUGUUGUAAAGGCACACAAGGACUCCUGGCCUUUCCUGGAACCUGUGGAUGAAUCAUAUGCUCCUAACUAUUACCAAAUUAUUAAGAUGCCCAUGGAUAUUUCAAGCAUGGAGAAGAAGUUAAAUGGUGGUUUAUACUGUACCAAGGAGGAAUUCGUAAAUGAUAUGAAGACUAUGUUCAGGAAUUGUCGAAAAUAUAAUGGGGAGAGUAGUGAGUAUACCAAGAUGUCUGAGAAUUUAGAGCGGUGUUUCCAUCGGGCAAUGAUGAAACAUUUUCCUGGUGAAGAUGGAGACACAGAUGAAGAAUUUUGGGUCAGAGAGGAUGAAAAACGUGAGAAAAGACGGAGUCGGGCCGGGCGAAGCAGUGGAAGCCACGUGUGGACCCGGUCCAGGGACCCCGAAGGGCCCAGCCGGAGGCAGCCACCAGUGGAAAACGGAGGGAAAUCCUUGCCGCCUGCCCGCCGGGCUGCCUCCUCUGGGAGUGACCAGCGCAGCAGCACUGCACACCCUGCUCCAGAGGUGGGCACCUCCAACAGCCGCUGUUCCCGUCCCCUGCAGUGUGGCAGAGUGCCCAGCCAAGCACCCCUUUUAAACCUGAUGCGGCCUGCAGUCCCAGGAUCAGAUCCCAGCAACCUGUAUGAUUCCUCUGGAGUCCCAGAAGCACCCGCAGGAGAGCCCAUGCAGCAGCAUGCACCCUUUGCCAUGCAGGCUCCCGUUGGAAUUAGCAACCACCCAGGUCCUCGGCUCACAACUCCCGAGAAGCAGAUGUGUGGGGGACUGACACAUCUUUCCCACGUGGGAUCACAUGCCCCCUCCUUGCAGCUUGGGCAGAUGAGUUGUCCCAGUCAGGAUGGAAACCUGUGUCCAUCUCCUUUCCAGCCAGGGUUUAUUCCUUCCAGGCACAGUGGGGCUCCAGCCCGACCCUCAGACUUCCCCGAGAGCUCAGAAAUCCCUCCCAACCACAUGUAUCACUCGUACAAGUACCUGAAUAGAGUACACCCUGCCGUAUGGAAUGGGAACCACGGUGCUACAAACCCAGGACCCUUAGGGCCAGAUGAGAAGCCCCACUUGGGCCCAGGACCCUCUCACCAGCCUCACACUCUUGGUCAUGUAAUGGAUGCCCGAGUCAUGAGACCACCUAUCUCCCCAAACCAGUGGACUAAGCAAUCAAGCUUUCUACCUCAUGGAGUUCCUUCCUCAGGAUAUAUGCGACAACCUUGUAAGGCUACUGGACAUCGGUUGCAGCCACCCGCAGCUCCAGCACCUUGUCCUCUGUUUGGAGGGCCCUCCCAGACUCUGCGGGGGGUGCAAGGAGGAGACUCCAUGAUGGACAGCCCCGAGAUGAUCGCCAUGCAGCAGCUCUCCUCCCGCGUCUGCCCCCCAGGUGUGCCUUACCCGCCCCGCCAGCCCCCUGCCCUCCAGUUGCUUGGUCCCUCUCCACAAGUAGCUCCUUCCACGUCAGUAAGUGCGUCAACCCCCAAGGCUGCCUCGGUCAACCCAGGGAGGACACAGGAUGUCAGUGAGACACAAGAGCCUCAAAAUGACCGAGCGGAGCCCUUGCCCGGGCUGGAAGAGAGAGCCGCGAGCGCCGGCGCUCCCGAGGGGCCGUACCUCAAGCCGCUACCUCAGCCCGCGCCGCCCCUGCGGGCCAACUGCGCCAGGCGGGCCUCGCCUCAGGCCCGGAGACCCGACAGCCCGCAGCGCCGAGACGACGCCGACGGCGGCUACGCCAGCCCGGCCGCGCCAGGCUGCGUGAGAGACGUCGCCCUGGCGGCCGACAGAGGGGCCGCCCCCGAAAACGGGGUCCCCGGAGAAGCGUCUCCGUGCGGCUCCGAGGGGAAGGGCCACGGCGGCGGCCGCUCGGAAAAGCCGCCCUGCCCCAGGAGUAAGACGUUGGCGGAGGCCGCGCCGUGCGCAGCCUCGCCUCCCGGCUCGGAGCCCAGCGCGCUGGCGGGCGCCGCGGGCCAGUUCCCGCCCUUGUACGUGCCGGGCCUGGAGUACCCCCACCCCGCCGCGCACUACCGCGCGGGCGCCGGCCUGCAGGCCCUGGGCCCUGCGGUGGGCGAGAAGUCUGCGGGCUCGCACGCCCAGCCCUUCGCGCCCAGGGGCCUUCAGCCCGGCAGUGCCCAUCCCGGGCUCUUUCCCCGGUACCGCCCGCAGCAGGGCGUGAGGUACUCCUACCAGCCGCCCGCGCAGCCCUCGUACCACCCCUACCAGCGAACUCCGUAUUACGCGUGUCCCCAGGGCUUUUCUGAGUGGCAGAGACCUCUUCCUUCCCAGGGAAGCCCGGCUGGGCCCCCCGGCAGUCACCCCGUGGCCGCGCGGCCCGUCUUCCCGGAGAAGAGCCCCAUGGCCAGUCUGCAAGGCUGCGACACGCUCAGUGCUGCCUUAACUUCCCCAACUCAGAUGGAUGCAGUGACUGCGAAAGUUGUCCCGACGGAGGGCCACAACCCCGGCCCGGAGGAAGGAAAGCCGGAUGAAUCUGUGGAGCGGCCUGAGAGUCCCAAAGAGUUUUUAGAUCUGGACAACCACAAUGCAGCCACCAAGCGCCAGGGCUCUCUGUCCGCCAACGACUACGUUUAUGGAACUCCGCCGCCGCCCCUGAGCUCAGGAAUGGGCUUUGCUUCAACUGCUUUUCCAUCCCAUGGGGUGAUGCUGCAAACAGGGCCUCCUUACACUCCUCAGCGACACACCAGUCAUUUUCAGCCCAGGGCAUACCCUUCCCCUGUGGCUGCCCAUCCACCUCCCCAUCCGGUGGCUGCCCAGCCCAAUGGCCUCUCUCCAGAGGGUCCCCUCUACCACUGUCAGGAAGAGGGACUGGGCCACUUCCGAGCUGUAAUGAUGGAGCAGAUCGGUACUGGAGGCGGAGUAAGGGGCCCUUUCCAAGAAGUGUACAGGCCAUCAGGAAUGCACGUGCAUCCAGUCCAGUCCCCAGCCUCAUUCCCAAAGACCCCAGCACCAGCAGCAUCACCUGAACAGUUGCCACCACAUAAGCCCCCAACGCUUCCUCUGGAUCAGAGCUAGUCCAAGGAGGAAAUAACUCCCAAGUCAAUGGAAAGCUGCUGGUGAAGACAGCCCGUGGCGGGUGGGGGGUGGUACUUACCGCCUCCGUUCCUGCCCUGUUACCUGCUCCAUCUUUCUGCUGUGAAUCAUGCCAUCGGGAGCUGGAGCUGCCCUGGCCUUAGAUGCAAGCUCAGCCUGUCACGGGCCUGUGGCAGAGCUCAUCUGCACAGCUGACGGACAGCAAGAACAAGUGCACCUGGAGUUCGUGCUGGCUUCUUCAAAUCCUGAGACUCUUGUUCAGGGAAUAAUCACUUUCAACUUUGGUGGGGGGUACACAUAAGGACGGAGUGGUGCUUCUAAACUUUCAUAAGCAGCUAAUCUCAGGUAUAUAUUUGAGGAAGGGACUAUUUGUCGUAUUAAUGUUUUUGGAGCUGGGUCCAGUUUACAGAAUUUUCAUGUUGCCUUUUAAAAUAAUUUGUGUUGGUGGUGAAUGUAUUGUACUUAAAGUGGGAAGAUUGGGUGGACACGUGGAGGAGCCAGAAGUCCCUCCCAGCUGUGGAGGGCACACACCACUGGAGUGGUUUCUGUCUGUUUACAAUCAGUCACACUGAACGCUUUGGGGAGUUUGGAAGAGAAGACAGGAAGGAUUCCAUCUCAUCACAGGUCACUAACUCUCUGCCCUUAGUGGCUGCCCGCCUUUAGUAAGCAGGAGUCCCCUUCCCGCCGGCCGCAGAGUGCUGUUGCCCUUGUCCUCGUUGGCAUUUGCUUCUCAGCUCACUGGCUGUUAUGUGGCUCCUCAGAGCUUGAACCAGAGGACAGGCUGCUCUUACUCUGGUGGCCCAAGCCUUAGACUUGGGAACAGAGUGUUCCUUUCCUGUUUUUCUUUGUUUUUGUUUUUGUUUUUGUUUUCCACCAGCCUACCAGAUAAUUUCAAACCAGCCUUGGGAAUUGAGCUUGUCUGGAGGGUUUCACUUAGUAGACGAUCAAGUGACUUUUUGGCCCAUCAGGCCUGUGAUCCGAGAAGGCCUCAAAACACAGCUUUCUGGCACAGAUCACGUUUUUGUGAAAGUGACUACUCAGGUUUGUAUAUGUUAGUCUCAGUAAAGAAAUUGCACAGGUUUGAAUAAGGAAAGUGUAUUCUAUAGACCUAUAGUUUGAGUUUAGGAAUCUUUCAAUAUAAGUUUUUAUUCAGUUUUAAGUGAAUCAUAGUAUAAAUCAUUCAUGAUGAUUUAAAAUAGCUAUCAAGGACAAGUUCUUGGAUAUCCGUUGUAUUUGUGAUAGGAAACUUUUACAGUAUUAAAUUACUUUAUGGAUUUAGAAGUGAAUUACACUGGAUUCUCCCCUGCUUAGAUUUUGGUAUUUUAUUUUAGCUGAGAUAUCACCAAAGUUAGGACCUAUGUUUUGAACUUUUGAAUAUUUCACAAGGAAAUAAUAAACUACGGAAUAUAUCCUGAAACUACA